AUGCAAGAAGCACAAAUAAUGCUACAGUCCGUAACGAAUCAUCUAGAGAAGGUUUCGGCUCUUCACGAUGAGGUUAACAAACAACUCAACAAAUCUAGGAAGCAAAUGCAAAAACGUUCGAGUGUUCACCGCCGCAAUAACCCCUAUGAGCCUGGUCAGCUGGUCACCAUAGCUCCAGAUACCGAUAUGAACCCAACAAUCCGAAAAAGAAAAAUUCAAACUAAUUUCAAGGAUACUGGAACCGUAGUUAGUAUGAUGAACAAUAACAAGACCAUUGUCAUCGAAACUCCCAAUGGUAGUACUGUGCAUUGUCCAGUAAAAAGGAUUCGUCGCAUCAAAAAAAAUAGUGAAAAAG